AAACUACAUACAUACCCACAGGGACGACUUCAUAAUUUUCCUAAACUAGCAACGAGCAGAGAGGCGAGAGAGGGGAGUCAAAGAUAAACACGAGCAGCCGGAGGAUAGCCUGCCUGCGCGGCUGCGACGACUUAUUUCCCGGCGAUGUCGGCGGCGCAGGCUGCGAGCGCCAUCUCGCGGCCGUCCGCGAGUGCGCGGCUCAGGGUAGCUGCGUUCUUCACCGAUAAUCACAACCCCGGCCCGGCGCGCCUCUGCAUCCGACGACUCAGUGCGGAGAGAAUCUUUGCAGGGGUUCAAAUUGCAGCCUCCAACUUCAACAGAUCCAGAAUUUGCCAUGUUAAAAGUGGGGAUGCUGAUGGCUAUCCAAAAACUGAAGACGAGUUAGCUGACGAAGAAACCCUUCAGCGUAAUUUGGACAGGGCUAUCCGGGAAGAAGAUUAUGCCCGUGCUGCCAAAAUCCGGGAUGAUCUGCACGUCCUCCAUGAGGAUACUGAAGCUUCCGUCCUUGCAGCAAAUACACGAUUCUACAACGCUUUCAAGAAUGGAGAUUUUACUGCAAUGAACUCUAUCUGGGCUAAAGGAGACUAUGUGUAUGUUGUCCAUCCUGGGGCAGGUCGGAUAUCCGGUUACGAUGUGGUCUUGCAAAGCUGGGAGAUGGUUUGCAACGCGGAUUAUGAGUUCCCUCUAAACAUUGAGCUUAAGAACAUAGAGGUUCAUGUGCGUGGUGACCUUGGUUAUGUUACAUGCUUGGAGUUGGUUAAGACCAAAGGAAAAUCUUGGGGGAAGCAAAUUGCCACCAACGUCUUCGAGAAGAUAGAUGGCACAUGGUAUAUUUGCAUUCACCAUGCUUCACACAUCGAAGAAUAAAAUGCUGACACUUUCUGGUGGUUUAUGCUGUAUAUUACAUAGCCGUUGGCGUUAUAUGCCAUCUUGGGUUAUAUUAUAUAUGACUGGAAUUUACUAUUGCUCAUGGACUUGACACCUCAAGGAGGUGAAGUUCCAUAUCCAAGCUACUUAAACACAA